AUGAAAUUGCUUCUGUAUCUGACUCUUCUCUGGAAAAUAGUUUCUUUGGCUCAAAGUUAUAAAGUGUUAUUGGUAUUCCCGGUGCCUUCCAAAAGCCACUUUAUUCUAGGAAAUUCUUUAGCGAGAGGUCUAGCUCAAGCUGGACAUGAAGUAACGUUAAUUAGCCCGUUUGCCGACGAAAAUCCACCAAAGAACUACAAAGAUGUUGUUUUAACGGGAUUCAUGCAAAUCAAAAAAGAACAAACCAUCUUUAAUGUAUUUGAUAUGGAAAAAAUGCAUCCCAUGUUAAGCGUCUUUAUCAUGAACGUGAUCGGUAAUCAACUAGCCAACGCUACGCUUGGCCACCCCAACGUCCAAAAUUUGCUGUCAUCAAAUGAAGAGUUUGACGUAAUAAUUAUCGAACAGUUUAAGAAUAAAGCCAUAAACGCUUUACAGUGGCACUACAACGCUCCGUUAAUUCUAUUCAGUACCAUCGGUCCAAGUUUCUGGGUUAACGGCUUCACUGGGAACCCUUCACCACCGUCUUACAUACCGGAUAUGUUCUUGAGUUAUACAAGUGAAAUGAAUUUUUGGCAGAGAACUUUUAACUUUAUAAUGACGCUUUAUGAAUAUAUAAACGAUUACUACUUAGUUUCCACGGCACAGACAGAAAUCUUGAAAUCAUAUUUUCCACAUUGUCCUGAUGCUGAAGCGGCAAUUAAUAAUGUUUCUUUGGUACUUUUAAACUCACACGAAAGUUCAAAUCAACCUGUACCUACAACCCCCAGUAUGAUAGGAAUCGGUGGUUUCCAUAUAAAACCUCCCAAAGGACUUCCGACAGAUUUAAAACACUUUAUGGAUAGUGCCAAAGAAGGUGUGGUUUAUUUUAGCAUGGGUUCAAAUAUAGAAUCAUCUGAUAUUAAUAAUGAUACCAAACACAGUAUUAUUAAAGCUUUGUCAAAAUUAAAGCAGAAGGUGCUUUGGAAGUAUAGCGAAGAUCUUCCAGAGAAACCAGGAAAUAUUAAAUUGGGUAAAUGGUUUCCGCAGCAAGAUAUACUCGCUCAUCCAAACACUAAGCUGUUUAUUACUCACGGAGGAUUGUUAAGUACACUAGAAACCAUCUACCAUGGAGUACCAGUACUCUCUUUACCUGUAUAUGGCGAUCAGAAAAUGAAUGCCGCUAAAGCACAAUCUAUAGGAUAUGGUCUGCUAAUUCCGUUUUCGCAAAUAACAGAAGAGAUUAUGACAGAGCAAUUGAAUAAACUUUUAAAUGAUCCAAAAUACCGCUCGAAUGCCAAGACCAGAUCUGUCCUGAUGCACGACCGACCAACAAAACCUCUGGAUCUAGCUAUUUAUUGGACGGAAUUUAUUGCGAGGCACCGAGGAGCACCACAUUUAAGGAUGACUGCCUUAGAUUUGACUUGGUAUCAGUAUCUAUCGCUAGAUGUAGUUGCCUUUUUAGGGUUAAUUACGUUUAGUAUAAGUGUAGCUUUUUAUAUUGUAAGUAAGAAAAUCCUUAGUUUUUGUACAAGUAAAAAAAUAAAGAAAGACUGA